AAUGCAUUGGAAGCCUGAUCAUCUUUCAAUUGAUUUAGUGAUUUAUGCAUGAACUUGAGAAAGAAUUGCGUAGAUUAGACCAAUAAUAAUAUAAACCGUGUGCUAGACUAUGAGACCGAGAGGUAAUUAGCUCACAUGUGGUAGUGGAGGAAGAGAAGAGAGUUAGUAGCUCCCCCUUUUUAAGCUAAAGGUCUAACUAUGGAUCGAGUUGUCUUAAACAUUGAUGUGGAUUAUCAAUGGCUUGCGCCGGAGAUGAGGGCACAAGUUGAAGCAGCUAUAGUAGAACGAUUAAAUAUCACUUGUCAAUGGUGUGGAUGUGACCAUUUUAGUUCUGAUUGCUAUUUUAAACGAUCUAACAAGUGUGUUGAUUUUUCUGGUGAUUUUUAUAGUCAGCAGUAUAAUUCUUAUCCCAAUACAUGCCAUUUUGAUCCAAACACCUCAUGGAAUAAUGAAGUUAUAUUGGAGCCACAAUCAGGGUUUCAAGCUCUAGAAGAGGAGACAUGUUUGAAUAAAAAUCUGGAGGUCCAAUCAACUCAUUUGCUCAACUUAGUUGCUGAAGAGAUACAAGGUGAGUUACCUAGUGCAACAAUGAAAAGUCAAGAAGAAGAGGUAAACACUUUACCCUUGGAGAUUGGAGAACAGCUUGGAGAAGUAGAAAUUAUGCCUGCAGAAACUAAACAAGAGGAUGUCCCUAAGGAGGAAGAGGAAAAAGCUCAGGUGUCAUUUGAAGUGUUCAAUGGGGAGUCUCCUUUAACCAAAUCUGAUUUUAAUGAUUAUUUUGUUAUUGAUAUGGUUGAUGAGAUUUUGCAGAAAAACACUUAUGAGGAUUCAUUUGAGACCUACCUUAUUCAAGCAAAAGACUCAAUCAAAGAAUACAUAAAUUGCUUGAACACAUCAUCUUCCUUGAAAUCAAAGGGGGCACUUCUAGAAGAAUUGGGAAGGCACAUCUUUUGGCCUAAACCCAAACCACCUCAAAAUAGUUAUUGGAAAAAAUCUUAUGGUGGAUUCAACUUAAGGGCAAGAAAGCCAAGAUUUAAGAAACCGAGAGGACAUGCCCUACGACCUGAUCCAAAACCACCUUGGAGUGGUAGAAAGUCUAGCUAAUGACUAUAAAUUCAGCGCUUCUUGGGAGGCAACCCAAGCAUAAAAUUUGCUUUUCUUUUAUUUUUCUUUUAUAGUUCAGAUUUUUUUUUAAAUUUUUUUCCUUUUUCUCUUUAUGGCCUAGGUUAAUGCAUAAAUUAUUGUUCUUUGA